GGACUUGAGAGGCCCGGAGGAAGUUAGACGGAGGAGGCUGGGCGGGAGGGAAGGAGCUCCCAUUUUUCUCCGCCUCCUCCCCCCGCAGUGAGCAGCGCAGCCGAGGCAAGACGGAAAAGAGCCCCGGGGGGGCGGGGAAGGUGCGUGUUCAAGCGGAGGGACAGCCAGAGAGGUGUGUGUGUGUAUCUGGGUCUGCCUAUAGCUGUGAAUUCCAUUACAAGAUUGGUUAUAAGUUACCAGAACGACCCAUCUCCGCAAAUAGAGAAAUGGGUGGAAUGAUUUCCAGAUGGCGGCAGGCAAAGCCUUCCACAGUAGAAGUCUUAGAAAAAAUUGAUAAGGAUAUCCAGGGACUUGAGGAGUUUAGAGAGAAAAAUCAGAGGCAGCAGAAGCUCUGGGUUGGAAGGUUUCUCCUCUAUUCAUCAGUUCUCUAUCUUCUCUCCUGCCUAAUUAUUUAUUUUUGGUAUCUUCCUGAUGAGUGGACAGCAAGGAUCAUCAUGACACUUCCCCUUUUUGCAUUUCCGCUGAUAGUUUGGUCUAUAAGGACACUCCUCAUCUUUAUCUUUUCUAAAAGAACAGAAAGAAACAAUGAAGCAUUAGAAGACCUAAAAUCCCAGAAGAAAAAAAUACUUGAAGAAGUAAUGGAAAAAGAAACUUACAAGGCUGCUAAACUAAUCCUUGAAAGGUUUGAUCCAGAAGCCAAGAAGGUAAAGGAUUUUGAACCGCCAUCUGCUGGAGCAUCUGCAGUUCCAAGACCUGGCCAAGAACUUCGUCAUCGGACCCCAGUGCGAGGGAAUGUGUCUCCACCUAUCUCAGUUACACCCAAGCAAGGGUCUCCAAAAAUGUCAAGUCCAGUGCCACCAUCUCCUGGCUCGCAGAGAGAGAUUUCAGCGCCUGGUGGACCUCCGGAGAGAACUCUUACAUCAGCCUUACAGCCAAACAUGUUGCCAAGACAUCCUGGGUCCCGUGCUACUCCAAUGCCUGGAAUGGGUCUUCAUCCUCCAGGACCUCCAUUGGCAAGACCUAUUCUUCCUCGAGAGAGGGGAGCCUUAGAUAGAGUUGUGGAAUAUUUAGUUGGAGAUGGUCCACAAAACAGAUAUGCACUUAUAUGCCAGCAGUGUUUCUCACAUAAUGGAAUGGCAUUGAAGGAGGAAUUUGAAUAUAUUGCAUUUAGAUGUGCCUACUGCUUUUUCCUGAAUCCUGCAAGAAAAACCAGACCACAAGCUCCACGGCUUCCAGAUUUUAGUGCUGAAAAGAAGCAGCCUACAGAGAUACAGAGCACGACUGAACCUUUGCAGUCAGAGGAGGAGACGUUACAAGAGAAUCAAAUAGUUAAAGAACUUUUUGAAGAAGCUACCCCACUUGCUGAGACAGACCAAGAAAAUGACAAUGCUCUGACGAUCGAAGAACACAGUGAUGAGGAAGCUGGAACUUCUGAAAGAGCGCAGCCAACAAGUGAAACCAAAACUGCAGAGACAAACCCGGAGCCUGCUGUUUCUUCUGACCAAAAAGAAGUACCUCUACCAGUCGAAUAAGUGCCUACUUGUUUUUAGCUAUAUUCUUUCAGUUGUUACUUUUUCAGGUGGGGGUUGCUUUCAAAAGCUAAUUAUGUCUUCACUCUCAUGAGCUCAGACUGCCAUUUCCACUGUAUGUUAAAGCUAUGUGUACUACCAGGUAUUGUGUUGCAAGAGUGUUUUGGUUUGUUUGGUCAGCUAUAGUACUUCAGAAUAUGCAAGUUAGCUGAAGUCUAUGCAAGUGAACCCUAGCACAGGUAUCCUUUGUUUUUGUUUUGCCUACUUUAAAGAAAAUGUAAACAUGAGUAACAGAGUAUUUUCCAUACGAGUGAUCUAAAAUAUAGUAUUAUUUGCUCAUUGAACAAACAGUGACUCAAGAUGUGUAAUUAAUUCUUGGUUUAGCAAACUUUUAGGAGGUUUUUUUUAUAAUUAGCUAUUGAAAUAAAUUGGAUGAAUUUUAAAUAUCUAGAUGUUUACAGGAGAAAAGGUGCUUAGGUGUUUACUACAAGUGGUAUGAAAGUGUCAUUACAACUAAAACUUAUUCACUCCUAAUCCCCCUUUUUUUUUCUCCUUGAGAGGGAAUGCAGCUAAAGGGGGCAGUCCAAAGUAUGAAAUCCUCUUUUGGGUUUGUAUGCACAGCAGAUGGGCUAAAGGCAUGUGACAUAGAAAACUAGUUUGUGUUUACAUGAAGCGUAGGAAUAUCUGCACUUGAUUGUACUUGAAUACUGAGCAUUAUUUAUACCUGUACAAUAAUGACUAUAUCAGUGAAUUUUGUGUAUUUUGUUAAAGGAAAAUAAAGACUAUGUAGCAUUAA